GGUGGAGUUUUCACAGACGCCAUUUUUCCCCCCACAACUGAGAUCGCUCUCGCUCUUCUUUACCGCUUUCUGUUGUCUCCGCCAUUGUUGCUGCUUUUAUUGUGGUUCCUGUCAGGCAGAAUAGAUGUACUAAUUUUUUUUAUUCUACAACAGGUUUUAUUUGACCAUCAAGAAUAAAAGGUAAUGGAGACUGAACAGCAGGAAGAGACCUUUACCAACACAGAGACAAAUGGCAAACGUCCUGCAGAAGAUAUGGAGGAAGAACAGGCCUUCAAAAGAUCUCGGAAUACAGAUGAGAUGGUUGAAUUACGCAUCCUGCUUCAAAGCAAAAAUGCUGGAGCAGUGAUUGGAAAAGGUGGCAAAAAUAUUAAGGCACUUCGUACAGACUACAAUGCAAGUGUUUCAGUCCCAGACAGCAGUGGCCCCGAGCGCAUCUUGAGUAUAAGUGCAGAUACAGAAACAAUUGGAGAAAUCUUGAAGAAGAUUAUCCCUACUUUAGAAGAGUAUCAACACUACAAAGGUAGUGACUUUGACUGUGAAUUAAGACUUUUAAUUCACCAAAGUCUGGCAGGAGGAAUCAUUGGUGUCAAGGGUGCUAAAAUCAAAGAACUCAGAGAGAAUACUCAGACCACCAUUAAGCUCUUCCAAGAGUGUUGUCCUCAUUCCACUGAUAGAGUGGUGCUUAUUGGUGGAAAACCUGAUAGAGUUGUGGAAUGUAUCAAGAUUAUCUUGGAUCUUAUUUCUGAGUCUCCAAUUAAAGGACGGGCCCAGCCUUACGAUCCCAAUUUCUAUGAUGAAACAUAUGACUACGGUGGCUUCACAAUGAUGUUUGAUGAUAGAAGGGGGCGUCCAGUAGGCUUUCCAAUGCGUGGAAGAGGAGGCUUUGAUCGUAUGCCUCCUGGUCGUGGUGGACGGCCUAUGCCUCCAUCAAGAAGAGAUUAUGAUGAUAUGAGCCCUCGCAGAGGACCUCCACCACCUCCACCAGGUCGUGGUGGCAGAGGUGGCAGCAGAGCUCGUAAUCUUCCUCUUCCUCCUCCACCACCUCCUCGUGGCGGAGAUCUUAUGUCUUAUGACAGAAGGGGUAGACCUGGAGACCGUUAUGAUGGAAUGAUGAUGCAGUGUCACGUGGAUGCCUGUGAGGACAUGCAACCACCAGAGCUGUUUGAGGGUGGCUCUGGAUAUGACUACUCUUAUGCAGGGGGCCGUGGUUCAUAUGGAGAUCUUGGUGGACCUAUCAUCACAACACAAGUAACAAUUCCCAAAGAUUUGGCAGGAUCUAUUAUUGGAAAGGGAGGCCAGAGAAUCAAACAAAUACGUCAUGAGUCAGGAGCUUCAAUCAAAAUUGAUGAACCACUAGAAGGCUCAGAAGAUCGAAUAAUAACUAUUACGGGAACACAGGACCAGAUACAAAAUGCACAGUAUUUACUGCAAAACAGUGUGAAGCAGUAUGCAGAUGUUGAAGGAUUCUAAUGCAAGAUUAUUUUUUCUUUUUUAUAGUGUGAAGCAGUAUUCUGGAAAGUUUUUCUAAGACUAUUGAAGAACUGAAGGAGUCCUGCACCUUUUUAAUUUUUUUUUUUAAUACCUGCUUCUGUUUAAAAAGCCAACAUUCCUCUGCUUCAUUAGGUGUUCUGCAUUUGAGGUGUAAUGGAAUCUGCUGUUCACCAAAUACAUUUUAGUUACUUGCAAAUAUUUGGGGGGGAGGGGAAGGGCACAUGAGAUUAACUUUGAAACAGCAGCAGAGAGUGGAUUUUUUUUUGUUGUUCAUUGGUGGUGGUAAAAUGUAAUGUUCUUUUCUGUAACUGGUGUGAAUGUCCUGCUUUAUGUAGACUUUUUUUGUUGUUUUGGUUGUUUUUGAAGGGGGGAGAAGACUGGUAGUCAACAUGUCCCUGGCAUCCUUUUGAGAGCAGCGUGCAGAAUGUAAUGCUCUUUUGUAAGAAAUGUUUUUUAAAUAAAUUUAGUGAACCUAUUCUUGGUGGACAUUUUUUAUGUACAUAAUGUAAUACCUAAAAUGGAUACACUCUUCCACCCACCCCCCAGAGAAUGCAUAAAUGAUAGUUGCUCUUAAGCUUUUUCUUCUGCUUCUUUGAUAUAGAUAGUUGCAUGUUUUGUUUUAUUCAAAUUAAAGAAACUGAAAACAGUGGUUCAUCUUUAUUAUUUGGGAGAAAAGUGCAAAAAUAUUCCUGCAGGCAUUGUGUAAAAUCUGCCUUUUUUGAGUGUUUAGCCAUGUGUACAGUACAUAUUUUAAAAUAUGUUGGUGAUGGUAUAAGUUUGUGAUGCCACUGAGUUAAGUGGGUUAAAUACAUCUGGUUCUAGACAGUUUUCUUAAUGCAAAUCAGUGUUAGAAAUGGUGGAUGGUGUACCAUUAAUGAAUGAAUCAUAGUUGUUAUCAGAACUUUCAUCUGUGUGAGGUGUAGAAACUUACAAAUUGGCAGUAUCUUUUCAUUGUUUACAGAACUUGUUUGGUUUCCCUGUUGUAUGUUGAAUUUCAUAGGAAGUACUUGUGAGGAAUUAAAAAAAACACCUCUGGAUAUUUUGUGUAAUAUCUUGACACUUAUUUAUAGCUUACAAGUUUUGGUUUUACUUGCUAAAUAAAAACAAUUUUAAAAAUGCAAAA